CCUGGGCCCCAAGGGGGAGCCUCCUGGCUGGAGCAACCUGACCGUGGGUGCUUCCCAGCGGCGCCCCCAAGGGCCCCGGGCUCCCGCCAUGGUGCCCACAGGUGGGCAAGGCCUGAGCCAAGUGAGAGCCCUCUGGAGCCCUCCCGGAAAUGAGCCCUGGAGCCGGUGGACACUCAAGCGAUUGUGCCAAACAAUGAACAAAGAGGGGCUGGCUUUUCUGUGGCCGAGACGCCAUCCGCUGCCCAGGCGGCUCGCUGGCCCGGCCCCACUGCGGGCUGGGCUAUAAAGCUGCCCACAGGGGGCUGGUGGACCCAUCGCCAGGGCCAGGGGGCGCGGACAGGGAUGGGGCCCACGCUGCUGAGCUGCGUCCUGCUGCUGCUCUGGCUGUCCUCAGCUCGGGCUGACGUCCUGGUGCAGCCAGACUUUGAUGCCAGCAAGUUCUCAGGCCUCUGGUACGUGGUCUCCAUGGUCUCUGACUGCAAGGUCUUCUUGGGCAAGAAGGACCACCUCCUGAUGUCCACCAGGGACAUCAAGGCCUCGGCGGGGGGCAACCUCAGCGUCCACAUGGAGUUCCCCCGGGAGGACGGCUGUAACCAAGUGGAUGCGGAGUACCUGAGAGUGGGUUCCCAGGGGCACUUCCAAGUCCCGGCCUUGGGCUACCUGGACGUGCGCGUGGUGGACACGGACUACAGCUCCUUCGCCGUGGUCUACAUCUACAAGGAGCUGGAGGGCGCGCUCAGCACCAUGGUGCAGCUCUACAGGGUUCACAGGGGCCCCCGCUCUGCCCCAGGCCGGACCCAAGAAGCGAGUCCCCAAGUCUUGGAGGCCUUCCAGAACUUCUACCCGACGGUGGGGCUGUCAGCGGACAUGGUGGCCAUGCUGCCCAAGUCAGAUGUGUGCUUCCCGGGGGACAGGGACGCAUCCUGAGGGCGCCGGAGACUUGGCCCUUCCCAGGGCGAGCCGGAGCAGCAGGUUCUGUCACCCCGAGUCGUCCUGACCCACGGCCCUCCAGGCCUGCACCUCCCCAUCCCCCACCCUCCGCGGGCAUCUCCUGGGGCCUCCCCCUUCCACUCAAUAAACAGAUUCUGCAGUU